AGGUACUGCUGCUCGUCUCCUCUCGACCGUCACUCUCUAAAUACCUGUCUUGUGAAGUGUUUGAUGUGAAAAAAAAAUAGGGGAAAGAGAAAGAGGAAGGGAUCAGAAAUAGUUAUCGCAUAUGGUUACACGGGAAUAGUAAGAAUAACGCCAGUAUCGUCAGGGACCUGAGGUGAACGCGUUACAUUUAUUUUUCCAGGCGAUUAUUUUUUUUCCCCUCGUCGUCCGAAGUACCACCGCCAGUGCAUUCAAAUUCACUCAAAAUCCUUCGGCGACUCAUUGCAAAAUUCAUAAUUAAUCAUUUUUCACUUAAAAAAAAUUAUUGGCCAUUUCAUGGAAUAAUUUUUCAAGAAAGUGACUUAUUGAUCAUGUUUGGGGGAAUUACGCUCGGGAUGAGGAGCUCCAUCGUUUUUAUCUUCGUAAUUAUUUGUUUGAACCUUAGUACGAUUCAAUGUACUGCAGAUGUGGAGAGGAGACAAUUUCAAUUGCAAAAUAAAGAGACGAAUACUCCGAAUUUCAUAAGGCUCGUGUUAAUGAGGCUCAUCUUCGGGCUCGCAAAGAGCAUGGGACUUGGUGAACAACUGUCCGGAUUUUUGGGAGGAAUUUUCGUACCACCUGGAGCUGACGAUUACGAUUAUGGGGAUGAUUAUGGUGGUUUUGAUUUCGGAGGCGAUGAUCUAUUCUAGCCAUUGUAAAGUGAUCAGGAUUUUAUAAUCUUUAUGAUUUGUAAAAUAUUUAUUUAUUUGAAUACAUCGAGAUUAUUAUUUACGGAUUU